GAGCACGGAUCUCAAGGCAAAAGACACGGUCUCAAAACGCUCUCCCUCGCCCCACUAGGGUUUCCCUCUCCGCCCCUUCUCCGGCAGCUCAGGAGAGCGCGGCCCAAUCCCGGCGGCGGCGGCAAACGCCGCGGCGACCCAACGCGGCGCAGGCGCCAUGGCUGUGCCGGAGGCGCCCUCAUGCUACGUAGGGAUCGCGCGGCAGUCCGCCGCCUUCCGCCUCAUGAAACAAAUGGGAUGGGAAGAAGGUGAGGGCCUUGGCAAAGACAAACAGGGCAUUAAAGGUCAUGUUAGGGUGAAAAACAAGCAGGAUACUUUAGGUGUUGGUGUAGAUAAUCCUCGUGACAAAUGGGUAUAUGAUACCACCCAAUUUGACAACAUACUGAAGAAAUUGAAAGUGCAAUCAGCUAAGCCUAUUCAAGAAGAAAUUGCAGCUGUAAGUGAUUUGCCUGACAGCACGCCCAAGAAAGACAAACCAGCAAAUGUUGAAGUUACUAAAGUUACUCGACCUCAAGGAAGAUACAAGAAAAGAGAGGGGGGAAAGAGAGUGAGCUCUUAUUCAGCAAUAGAUCUUCAAGGCAUACUUGCACGCAAAAACGAAGAUAGUUGCCAAGUGGAUCAGAAACCUGAACCAAUAUGCUUGGAUGAACCUGAUCCUAUCAUUUGCCCUGAUGCAGUAUCCCAAGCUGAAGAUCUGAAUUGGUGGGGGCACAAGUUUGGAUUCGUAUCAGGAGGGUUUCUAGGAGCAACAUCGCGUAAAAGAAAGUCUUCUCGAAAAGAUCCUGCUAAUGUCCGCCAGACAUUUGCGGAGGAAGAUCAAGAAAAUCUAUACAAUCUUGUUCAGGAUAAGGCUACUUCUGGCAAGCAGGGUCUUGGCAUCAAGGGACUGCCAAUGAAAAUUGCUGGCCAUCGUUGGAAGGGAAACAAAACUUCAUUUGGUGAUAGUGACGAUGAUGAUUCAGCCAAGUCCGAUGAAUAUUCAGAAAUUGAAGAGGACAAUGAGGAACAACCCACUGCUGAUGAAUCCAUAGAGAUAGAGAAUAAUACAGAAAAACAAUUGCAUGUGGAUGUUAGAUCCAAAACCAAGGUCAAGAAACUUUGCAAAAGAAUACUUCGUCAGGCCCCAGCUCAGUCGAUGAAACUGAAGGAUCUUAAGGUAGCCGUUGAAGAACAUUCUAAUGUUGUAUUCUCCAGCUUCUCUUGUAGACGUGAAGCUCUGUUGUUUCUGAAGAAGAAGCUUCAAGGGAGCAGGAAGUUCAGCAUAGAAGGCAAGAAAGUACAACUUGUGUCUUGAAAGCGAAGCAGAUACAAAGCUUUUGGGGCGGUGCAUUGUUGAGGUUUCCAGUGCUCAUAUUUGUUGUUGCUUGAGAUUUCGAACAGCAGUGGCAAAUUGAGCUCUGUAGAAUAGAUAAGGGAUCAAACCCUUUCGCGGACGCGGGAGGUAGAAUUUUGCGAAAUUUCGAUAGGUGCAGAGGUGCUAAUCUACAUGUUUGCAGUACAUUCGAUGUAUCUGGUUGGUCUGAUUCUACGAACUGCAGAACUAUGAGAAUCGUAUGUGAUUGUGCUAUAUAUGCUACCUAUUUGCUUGCAAAUUGUUUUCCACGUUC